AUGCCAACUGAUGCUGCAGAAAAUCUAGAUAUGGUUGAAGCUGUAGAAGAAAAUUUUAGUGGGAACCCUGAUAAGUUUAGAGAACUGAUAGAGGAUGCCGAGAAGCCCCUAUACACAGGGUGUCUUAAUUUCACAAAGUUAUCUGCAAUCAAUCAACUACUCAACUUGAAGAGUAAGUAUGGAGAAACGAAAAUGUACAGUAGUACAUAUGAGGUGAAAAAAGCAUUUAAGGCAAUGGGUUCAGGGUAUACUAAGAUACAUGCCUGUGUCAACAAUUGUAUACUUUACAGAAAAGAAUACAUAGAUUUGGUAGCAUGUCCUACUUGUGGUAAAUCAAGAUGGAAGGUUGAUGAAAAAAUAAAUAAAAUUUACAACAAUAUUCAUGCAAAAUGUUUGUGGUACUUUUCAAUUACUCCGCGCUUCAAGCGUCUUUUCCAGUCUAAGACAACUACAAAAGAUUUAACAUGGCACGCAAUAGAAAGAAUGGUGGAUGUUGGAGUUUUAAUUCACCUAGCUGAUUCACCAGCAUGGGCUGCCAUUGAUGACAAAUAUCCUGAUUUUGAUAGCGAACCAAGGAAUUUGCGACUAGGCAUUUCGGCGGACAGGGUUGAUGUGAACAGAGGAAAUAGGAGUCAUAGUGUUUGGCCUGUUUUAACUGUCAUUUACAACCUUCCACCAUGGUUGUGUAUGAAGAGAAAGUUCAUCAUGCUUUCGUUAUUGAUUUUGGGAACACCAGGAAACGAUAUUGAUGUGUUCCUAGCACCUUUUAUUGAUGAUCUGCAAUUAUUAUUUGAUUUUGGAGUUGAAACAUACGAUGCAUAUGCACACGAGCAUUUUAAACUACGCGCAGUUGUGUUAUGGACUAUUAAUGAUUAUCCUGCUUUAGGUACAUUAAGUGGUUGCCCAUACAGCGGUUUUCAAGGUUGUGUUGUGUGUGAUAAAGAGACACACUGCAUUAGACUCCCUGAAUCGAAUAACCAGAGUUAUGCUGGUCAUAGAAGAUUUCUACCGUAUGAUCACCCGUUCAGAAGACAAAAGAAGGCAUUCAAUGGACAACAAGAGUUCUCACCCUCUCCAGAACCUAUGAAUGGGGAGGAAAUAUAUAACAGGGUAAAAUUUAUAAUUAAUAAAUGGGGAAAGGUUAAUAACGACAAGGAGGCAGAAAUCCAACAAGCAACAAGUGGAAGAGGUGGGAAGAUGAAUAAAAAAAAAGAGAAAACCACACCAACUGGACAACUAAGGUAUUGGACCGACAAUUUGGUUCCACAUUGUAUAGAUUUUAUGCAUGUGGAAAAGAACGUGGGUGAGAGUUUAACAGGAACUGUUUUGAACGUUCCCGGGAAGACAAAAGAUGCUUAUAAAGCUCGAUUGGAUUUGGUUCAUUAUGGUUUGAAACCAGAGCUGCAUCCUCAAAUAGAAGGGAACAACACAACACUUCUCGCAGCAGGUUGUACAUUGACAAAAGAGGAAAAAGACAAAUUUUGUGAGACUUUAUACAACUUAAGGGUUCCUCAAGGGUAUUGUUCUAAUUUUUCUAGUUUGGUGAGUCUAAAGGAUAGGAAGUUGAUCGGACUAAAAUCACAUGACUAUCACAUGCUCAUCAAAGAAAUCAUAGUGGAUGAGCUCGAUAAGUUGCAAGAGGAGUUAUGUGUAACCUUAUGUCUUCUUGAGAAACACUUUCCACCAUCAUUUUUUGAUGUGAUGAUUCAUUUAAUCGUUCAUCUCACUAGGGAAGUAAAAUUAUGUGGUCCAAUAUUCUUUAGAUGGAUGUACCCAUUCGAAAGGAUGGAUACUGUUGGUAUUCCGCCUGACAAUCAUAACAAUUGUGGAAUUCAUAAAGGUGUAGAUAGUAGUUUUAUUACGGAUGGUACUCCUGUAUCAGCUGCUAAAUCGGUAGAAGUUUCUGCAGAACUAUUCAGUAAAGCACAUUUCUUUGUAUUGCAAAAUACAUCUGAAGUACUCCCAUAUAUCGAGUAA